AUGUCGUCCCUCGACAAGCUCGCCAUUCGCGGCAUCCGGUCGUUCGACUCGAACGAGAUCUCGGUCAUGCAGUUUUACACGCCGCUCACCGUCAUCGUCGGCCACAACGGCAGCGGCAAGACGACCAUCAUCGAGUGCCUCAAGUACGCGACGACGGGCGACCUGCCGCCCAACUCCAAGGGUGGAGCCUUCAUUCACGACCCGUCGAUCGCCGGCGUCAACGAGGUCAAGGCGCAGGUCAAGCUCCGCUUCAACAACGCGCGCAAGGAGAAGAUGCUCGUCGAGCGUCGCCUCCAGGUCACCAAGAAGAAGGGCACGGCGACGGGCCUCUCGAUGAAGACGCUCGAGGGCACGAUCGCGUUCGCUGACCCGGAAGGCGUCGACAAGCGCAAACGUCAAACGCUGUCGACCAAGUGCGCCAACAUCGACGAGGAGGUGCCGGCGCAGCUCGGCGUCUCCAAGGCCAUCCUCCAGAACGUCAUCUUCUGCCACCAGGAGGAGAGCAACUGGCCCCUGAGCGAGCCGGCGUCGCUCAAGAAGAAGUUUGACGACAUCUUCGAGGCGAGCGACUACACCAAGGUCCUCGACGAGAUCAGGAAGAUCCGUCGGGACCAGAACGUCGAGAUCAAGGUCGACCGCGAGAAGCUGUCGGCGCUCAAGACGGACCGUGACCGGGCCUUCAAGUUGCGCGAGAACCUCAAGAAGGUGUCGUCCCAGAUCGCGGUCAAGCAGGCGACGUACGACGAGCUCGAGGAGCGCAUCGCCAAGCUCGUCAAGGAGAACAAGACGUUCUUUGACCAGGCGACCAAGUACUCGGACAUCAUCGGCAAGGUCGACACGCUGCGCCAGCGCCGCAACCUGGUCGAGGACAACCUCAACAACCUCGUCGCCGGCACCAAGGAGCUGUCCGACUCGGAGCCCGAGCUCAAGGCCAAGAUCGAGAACCACUCGGCGAGCCUCGACGAGCUGCGCUCGGAGCGCGAGGGGACUAAGCAGCGCCUCGGCGACGAGCAGGACUCGCUCGCCGUCCACGAGCGCAAGCGCUCGCAGGCGCAGACGACGCACGGUCGGCUCCUCGCGCUCAAGCAGCGGUACCAGGACAUGCUCGAGCAGCGCAAGGCGCUCGUGCGCGACCUCGCCGAGAAGCACGGCAUCGCCGGCUACGACCACGACCUGAGCGACGCCGAGAUCAAGGCGUUCGAGGAAAAGCUCGACGAGGCCGUCGUCGCCCAGCAGAAGAAGAUCGACAAGAUCAAGAACGAGGCGCGCGCUGCCGAGAACAAGUACCAGGACGAGAUCCAGUCGCUCAAGAGCGCCAAAGCCGCCGACGAGCGCGCCAAGGCCACCAUCGCCGACCAGAUCCGCUCGGCCAACGCCCGCAUCGCCAACAUCUCGCGCCAGCUCGACGCGACGACGACGUCGGUCGCCGACAUCACGUACCUCGAGUCGCAGCUCGCCGAGGAAAAGGAGCGCCAGGCGACGCUCAACGACAAGCAGCGCAACGACCAGUACGCCGAGCAGCUCCAGGCCCGUGCGCGCGAGGCCAAGGAGGUCGAGGAGAAGCGCGACGCGCUCCACACCGAGCUCGCCGGCCUCAACGCCCAGGCCAACACGCGCGCAAAGCUGCAGCUGCGCCGCACCGAGAAGACGCGCAAGGACGAGGCCGUCGCGAGCCUGAUCGAGCGCAGCGCGGCGAGCUACCGCAAGUUCCUCAAGGCCGACCCGACGCGGGACAAGAUGGAGGCCGAGGUCACCGAGCUCAUCAACGAGCUCGAGCGCGACGUCGGCUUUGCCGAGCGCUCGGCGCGCGAUGCCGGUCGCGAGCUGCAGAACGUCGAGACGAGCGUCAGUUUCGCCAAGAAGAAGGUCCGCGACCUCACGGCGCAAGCAGACUCGGCCAAGAUCAAGGUUGGCGACGGCCUCAAGCGGCUCGACGUCCAGACUGCGACGGUCGAGGCGGCGGUCCAGGAGGCGGAGGAGGAGCUCGCGGCCAUCCACUCGGACCUCGCCGGCGCCGACUCGAUCCAGAAGUUCUACGACGCCGUCCUCGUCAAGGCGCAGAAGAACCACACGUGCAUCGGCUGUGACCGCCCCGUCUCGCGCGAGGAACUGCCCGACCUCGAGCGUUACGUCAAGCGCCGCAAGGAGAAGGGCCCGCAGGAGAUGCGCGCGCUCAAGGAGGACCAGCGGACGUGGGAGAAGCAGCUCGCCGACCUCAAGACGCUCCUGCCCGCCGAGCUCACCUACAACCGCCUCGCCAAGGACGAGAUCCCGGCGGCCGAGACGGCGGCGUCGAACCAGGACGAGAAGCUCGCGCCGGCGCGCGAGAAGGCCGAGGAGACGACCUCGCACCUGAACGAGCUCAAGGACCGCCUGCGCGACGUCCAGACGCUCAAGAAGACGGCGGCCGACGUCAGCCGCCUCCACCGCGAGUGCGAGGACGUUGCGCGCGACAUCGGCAAGCUCGAGACCGAGCUGUCCGUCACGGGCUCGACGGCGACGACCGAGGAGAUCCAGGAGCAACUCCGUCAGCUCGGCGAGCAGCUCCGCACGAUCAAGGCCGCGACCGACAAGAUCCGCACCGACCAGCAAAAGACGACGAGCAUGCUCCAGUCGCUGUCGAGCAACAUCCACGCGCACGAGCUCGACCUGUCGAAGCGCCGCCAGGAGCUCAAGGACAAGGAGGCGCUCGAGCAGACGCAGGUCGAGGCGCGCGAGCAAAUCGCCAAGCUUGAGAAGCAGUCCAAGGACCUCGACAAGAAGCUCAACGACGCCGUCGCGCCCAUCCGCCAGAAGGAGAACGAGCUGUCGACGAUCCGCAACGAGUUCACGCGCGACGAGGCGGCCGCGAGCCGUCAGCUGCAGACGUACAACAAGAGCAUGGAGCAGCUCGACUCGAACAGUCGCGAGAUCAAGGGCUACGAGAACCGCGGCGGCGAGACUGAGCUCGCCAAGUGCGAGCGCGACCUCAAGCAGCACGACACGGUCAUUGGCGACGCCAAGAAGCGCAUCGCCCAGUUGCAGGCCCAGAUCUCGACGAUCGACCAGACGCUCGCCGACUCGAAGGCCGUCCUCCGCAACUUCCAGGACAACCUGCGCCUGCGCGUCGAGCGUCGCUCGCUCGAGUCUCUCGAGCAGCAGAUCGACGAGCUCGACGAGGACGCCGCGAGGAAGGCGUACCGCAAGUUCGAGAGCGACUACAACGAGCAGCGUCGCAAGCAGACGGAGCUGCAGGCCGAGCAAGCGCGACUCGGCGGCGAGAUCCAGACGCUCGGCAACGACGUCAAGGAGAAGGGCCAGGAGCUCGUCAACGAGUACAAGGACAUCGACCAGCGGUACCGGCGCGAGCUCAUCAACCUCAAGACGGCCGAGAUGUCGAACCAGGACCUCGAGAAGCUCUCGAAGGCGCUCGACGGGGCCAUCAUGCGCUUCCACGGCCUCAAGAUGAAGGAGAUCAACGACACGAUCGCCGACUUGUGGACCAAGACGUACCAGGGGACGGACAUCGACAAGAUCAUGAUCAAGUCGGACUCAGAGGGCAAGACGUCUGGCACGAAGCGCACGUACAACUAUCGCGUCGUCAUGUUCAAGGACACGACCGAGAUGGACAUGCGCGGUCGCUGCAGCGCCGGACAAAAAGUCCUCGCGAGCAUCAUCAUCCGCCUCGCGCUCGCCGAGUCAUUCUCGAUCAACUGCGGCAUCAUGGCGCUCGACGAGCCGACGACCAACCUCGACCACGACAACGUCCAGGCCCUCGCUGCCUCCCUCUCCGAGAUCAUCAAGGAGCGCAAGCACCAGGCCAACUUCCAGCUCAUCGUCAUCACGCACGACGAGGGCUUCCUCGAGACGCUCGGCGGGUCCGGCGUGCUCGACAAGUACUGGCGCGUCUCUCGCGGCGACGGCGGGCAGGUCUCGACCAUCGAGCGCCAACGCCUCACUUGAGCUCCCCCUCCUUUCUGCUCCCUGCCCUUCUUUCGCUUUCUCCUCUCGUCUCGUCCGACUCUCUGUAGCUUUGGAUACCCGGUUCGCUCGCACGCAAUACCGAUUCGUGGUUGCCUCGUC